AGCUUUAGUUUCAAGACGCGCUGGUACUCUGCAUGCAGUCACUGAAUCGGCAACCGGCACGCUCCGCCCGCCGCCAGAAGAGCCCCGGCCCGGCCCGGCCCGACCCGACCGGCCGUAAGAGUCCCGGCUCGGCCCGGCCCGGCCUUGCCCGCCCCGGAGCUCCCUCGCCCCGGAGCUCCCUCGCCCCGCCCCCGGUGCGGCCGCCUCAGGGCUCCGCCGCCGCCGCCAUGCCGGGCGGUGCGCGGGGCCUGUACCGGCGGAUCCUGCUGCUGCACCGGGCGCUGCCGGCCGCCCUGCGGGCUCUGGGGGACCGCUACGUGAAGGAGGAGUUCAGGAAGCACAAGGCCGCCGGGCCCGCCGAGGCCCAGCGCUUCCUGCGGGAAUGGGAGAACUAUGCAGCAGUGAUACAGCAACAAAUUAAUGAGGACAAACAAAACUUGAGAGAAAAGACUUUAUAUGGAAUCCAGCUCACAGAAGAAAAACUUAAUGACUUCCGUGAUGAACAGAUUGGGCAGCUGAAGGAACUGAUGGAUGAGGCUACCAAACCUAAUAAAAACGUCACCAUUUCUAAAGACUCAGAACACAAAACCUAAAAGGUUUUAAAAAUUGUUUUAAUGCAUACGGAAGCAUUUUGAAACUUCCUUUCCUAGUUGGACUUGAAUGUGGUUUCUGUGGAAUAAUGGGUGCUGCUGAUGCCAUAACUUGUCUGAAAUGGAUGUCUCUGGCUAUUUGGCUUUCUAUGCAAGAAUAAAUGUUAAGAUGGAAUAAUCACAACAAUUUUAUGUUAAUUGCAAUAUUUUUUUUUCUUCUAAUGGGAGGUGGAGACUUAAAAAUUCAGUAAAAGUAAAUGGACAUUUUUAAAAUAAUUUUUUUUUUUUUUUUUUAUCUUGGCACCCAUAGGGCAAAGAAUCUUUCUGUUUGUAUGUCAUCCUCUGCCUUAAUGGAAAAGAUGCAAUUAGCAUUUGUUUUCUGAUGUGGAUUCAGUAGACAAAGAACAAAGGUAUGGUACUAGAGUGGGUUUGUUUCGAUAGGAAGAAAUGAGCAGUAUUAGAAAAACAUACUGCUGUUGAAAUUGAAGGUUGGUUUUCUUCUUGAGCUUUAUUGUGAAAUGUGGUUUAAAAUAAAAGAUGCAGUUCAUUUAUUAAAUUGA